CUGACAGGUGGUUCGAGACAUACUGGCUGAGUCUCAGUUAACUUCUAAUAUACUAUGUGUGGGUAUUCAUGGUCUUUUCUUUUCCAUCCUGUGUACAUAAUUCUCUUGUUAGCGAUAUAACUACAGAAUACUUUUAGCUAUGGCAAUACGAAAUGAUUUUAGCAAAACCAUCAGAAGGAUAGCAUGUCUUUUUUAUUGGUUCCCAAAAUCACUAAGCAGCUCAAGAAGAAGGAAAUUCAAGCUUCUCUGGAAGUCUGCUGAUUGCAGAUAUACAUGCCACGUUCACUGCCGAGAUCUGGUGCAUCUGGACUGUCAGCAGAAUGGAAAAUUAAUGGAAUGCAUCUCCGUAUAUGACAAGUCAGAUCAAACCAACAACAGUCAGGAUGGUCAGAAAGAGAGAGAAACACACACAUAUCUCAGUAAAGAAGAAGUUAAAGAAAAGAUUCAAAACUACAAUUCAUCUGUUACUGACAAAUUAAAGAUGACUCUGAACUCAAAUGGGACUUAUACUGGCUUCAUCAAAGUUCAUAUGGAACUAUGCAGGCCUAUUACUGUACAGACUGCUGUGAAUCCAGGAGAGCAUGCUCACAAUAACAAUGAGACUGCAUUUUACUUGCCUGCAGGCUACGUGAAUACGCUUCAUAUAAGCAGCGCUAACAGUGUUCGUGAAGUUAUUGAGGCCUUGCUCAAAAAAUUUUUAGUGUCUGACAACCCUGCCAAGUUUGCACUUUAUAAACGCUGUCACAAGGAAGAUCAAGUGUACACAUGCAAGCUCUCAGACAGAGAAAACCCUCUCUAUCUGCGUUUGGUAGCAGGCCCCAGCACAGAAACACUCAGUUUUGUUCUGCGUGAGCAUGAAACUGGAGAGGUUAUGUGGGAAGCCUUCAGCCUUCCUGAACUGCAGAACUUUUUGCGUAUACUGGACAAAGAGGAAAAUGAGCAACUACAGAUCUUAAAGAGGCGUUAUACAGCCUACAAAGACAAACUUGAAGAAGCCCUGGGUGGAGUGUGGAAACCAGGUUAAAGUGGGGCCAAAGAACACUCAGGAAAUAUGCCACAGAGCAUGCCAAACCCAAACGUACAGAACAGCAGCAAAGAAAAUAGUUUUCUUUAUUUAGAAAACUCGUUUGUGAAGCUAGGAUUACCUGUACUUUUCUAUAGAUUUAGAUCCAUAAAUCGGGUCACUUAGUGUCUUACUCCUAUAAGGAAUUCUGCAUCAACUUGCAACCCCCUAAUGUGCCUUAGAGGCUUUCCAGGUUACCUUUGUGUAAUCUCUGACUAUAUUUUCUAGUAUGAUAACAGGAAUUUGUUACCACUUUUUUUAUUUGCUUUAAUAUUAAUGAUAGCUUUCAAAGUAAGGAAGUGCAAAUUGAUUAUUUAAAAAAAUUAAUAAAACGGCUUAGCCAUGUGAACGAGAAUCAGAUUGGAGCACUACAUUUGAGAUUAAAUAGAUUUGCACUACCUUUUGAUUUUCAAAUAUUUACUGUGUACUCUGUGAGGAAACUGUUAUAGGUGGAAGGGACAUAAAACUUUGAGGUUCUGUGAAAUUGUGGAGAAUAUAAAGCAGACUUAGUAGAGAAAGUAAAGAGCAAGUUGAAAAGAAGGAAAGAGGUAAGGAAGUGGCUGGAGUAGCUGAUGGGAGAUUGAAGUAGAGUGGAAAUACAAAUGAUAGAAAAAAUGGAAAUUUAGUUUUGCUAGUGACUAGUUGUAAAAAAAAUCAAGUUUUAGGAAGCUUUAAUUUUGUGAAUAAGUUUUUAGAAUUGUGUAAAGUCUCACUAGAAGAGAAAGGAUAAUUAAUGAAAGUACUGGGAGAGAAGGCAGCAAGGAAGCUAAAUUUUAGUAGAAAUUGAACUCCCUAUAUCGGAGAAGAUAUGUGAAAGCAGGUGUGGUUUGAGCUGUGCAGCAAACUCAGUCUGUUGGAUUUUGAAGUGUGAAUAGUGAGUAUAUCUCAUGUAACUUUUAUAAGGAAAACCCACCUAAUUGGUCACGGAAUGUCUAGGUUAGAAAUAUAGAUGGAGGUACAUUGGUUUAACUAAAAUCAUAUCUUUCAGCUGAGAUCAAAGAGCUCUUUUCUUUAAAAAAAAAAAAAAAAAAAAAA